AUGGCGUCUGCGGCCCUCAAGUCGCUUGCACGCACAUUUCGUGCACUACACCAGCAACCAGGAAAGCCUCUUAUUCUUGCAAACGUCUACGACCCCCUGUCUGCUAGUAUCGUGGCAGCACUUCCCUCGUGCCACGCCCUAGCCACAGCCUCUUACGCUGUCGCCCGUGCUGCUGGCGUGGAAGACGACGCCCUCACCAUCGAGCAGAACAUCACUGCUGCCAAGACCAUUGGAGGCGUCGCCGCAAAGUAUGGCAAACCGCUAACCGUGGACCUGCAGGACGGGUAUGGAGAUAGGCUCGAGGAGGCCGUUCGAGCAGCCAUCGAGGAGGCAGGCGCGGUCGGGAUCAAUCUCGAGGAUUGCGGAAAGGAGACCCAUGAGAUGUUCCCUGUUGAUAUGGCGGCAGAAAGAGUGCAGAGGGCAAUGAAGGUGGCGGGUGACCUUGGCCUGCAGGACUUUGUCGUCAACGCGCGAUGCGACACGCUCGUGUAUGGUGGUCCACUUGACGACGUUGUCACCCGCGGCAAGAGAUAUCUGGACGCCGGUGCCACGACGGUCUUCGUCUGGGGUGGAGGCGCGAGGCGCGGUCUUCAUCGGUUCGAAGUCGAGAGGCUGGUCAAAGAGUUCAAUGGGAGGCUAAGUGUGAUGUUCGGCAUUGGACAGAAGGAUGGCUUGUCAGUGCCGGAGUUGGCGAACCUCGGUGUCGCGAGAAUAUCAGUGGGCCCGGCGAUCCAGACGGCCAUCGUGAACGAGUGUGCAAGGGUUGCCAGGGAGAUACUGGAGCCCAUGCAGUAA